ACUGCCAAACUGCUCAGCAUGAAGCCGGACUGCAUAGACCAGCGUCAACCGAUGUGUAAGCGAGGCGUCAACGCUUAAAGGGAUAUCCAAGUCAGAAUCGGAUCAAUCGACAUCUGCUCACGAGCAUAGCCCACGGCCACACAGGUAGUCCAUCAGGUACUCAUUCCCCCCGCUGUCCGAACGGGGCAAGUUUAUGGAGCUUCCGUCGCAUGGUGGAGCAUUACUUUGCCACGACACUCGACCUCAAGCAGCGCAAAGCCGUGGACGACGUAUUUACCAACACGAGCAACAAGUUCACACCCGCCCAAGUCGAGCAGUUAUGUGCCGAGUACGACGACGUUGUCGAAAUGCUCGACGCGCUGGCGAAAUUGGGCGAUUAG